GCUUGGCUGACAGAGAUUCAUGAAUACGCGCAGCAAGACGUGGUCCUCAUGCUACUGGGAAACAAGGUGAGGCAGGCCCCGGAUGCUCUUCUGGACAGGUGGAUGGGAGAAAAGAUUCCUGAGUAUGGCGUGCCCUUUAUGGAGACCAGCGCAAAAAGUGGCUUAAAUGUUGAAUUAGCAUUCACAGCCAUUGCAAAGGAACUGAAGCACAGGUCCAUGAAGCUGCCCAAUGAGCCCAAAUUCAAGCUCCACGACUACGUGAAGAAGGAAGUAAGAGGCUCGGGCUGCUGCAGAUCCUAAUGUGCUUGGUGCAUUUGUACAGAGACUCAUGCCAAGUGUUCAUGUGCCGCGCUCUCUCCUCGUGGACAGUGUGUGCAUGUCUGUCUGUUGUGUCUGUAUCUGCAUAAAAGGUGAGCUGAGACACGUGGAAUGAAAGCAGUAGCAGAAAAAGCUCUUUCCAGCCAGCCCUGAUGCUGGCCGUGCUGCAGCACGUUCCAAGCACUGCUCUCCGAGCCCCCCGAGGCGUUUUGUCACACGCUGCGAGCGCUUUGGGUUCCCCCAGGGAAACAGGCCUUUCCCACACCAGUUGCGGCAGGCCAUCCCGCUCCUGUGUUGCUCGUAGUUGCCUUUCCUGAGAGACUUGCGUAGGCUCCGACCUUGCCAUAAGUCAGAACUCUUCCAGGGCCACGGGCAGUCAUUAGACCGAUCUGCUUCUCCACCAAAUCAGCGGGGAUAAUACCCAGCAAGGAGCAGUGUGAGAGUUCUUUAAAGUUAAUACAGUGCAGUGAAAAGUUAAGUAUUGCGUGACCAAGGAGAAUGCCUUCUCCUCACAAAACAACUGAGUAAGAAAAUAGCUUGAAUUCAGUUUUCUUCUCCCAUAUACCUGGGAUUCACCUAGUCAGACUUCUUGGCCUGUGGCACAUAGGAAAGCUUUGUUUUCAAGGCAACCAUUUUUGUAAUUGCUUAUGUAAGUCCUUUGUGUGUUGUAACAUACCUUCCUUGAUGAAGAUUUCUCCUUUUCCCUGCAGAGCUUAGCUGUCUGUUUGAGUAAGCUCCUGCAAAUAUAUCUGUUGUACAGAGAAUUCCUGACUGUUUAUCUGUUUGAUAAGACAUUGGUUCGCCAUUACUGCAGUUUCUAGUACUUUGAGAAGAAAUCUAAUGUAUUGCAGCUUCUUCUACUUACCUUACUGUAAGCGUGAUAGUAUUUUUAGACUGCAACAAUGCUUUGUUAUCUUCAGGGUUCUCUUGGGAUAGCUCUUUUAACUGAAGAAAGCUGAGGAGAAUGCUGUAAGCAUUGACUGUACAGGUUUAACAGUCUUGUGCCAGCACUCUUCAGUGGAAUCCUCACCCCUUAUUUCUGUGCUAGGCAUUUGGCACUUUUAAGCGCUAAGUAUAAAUCUGAAUGUGGAUGAAAUGUUUGGCCGUUGGCAAUUUUCUCAAGCUGCAGGUAUUUACAAAUUCCACAUGCAUGACAUCCAGGUACCCAUUCCAUUGAGCCUGCCUGCACCGCCUUAAAUGGACUGCUACACAAUAAAUCACCCGUUCACCCUUCCCAGAUGCCAGCAAAGCAUUGGCUUUGUCAGUGGUUAGUUCAGACAUACCUGCCCCUUGCUUUGCCUGGGGUGUUUACUUGAGCUACAACCUGGCAUUCCUUAAGUGCAGGGAAGUCUCUCUGCAGCUGCUGAGGGCUUGAGGCCAACAGGAUUCAGCCAGGCAACGAGGCAAAGGAGUCCUCAGAAUUGCACUUUUCCUCGUUUAGCUACAUUAAAAUGAGCAGUGCACAAAGAACUGGUACUUAGAGCUACUGUUUCAGGCAAGUCCAGCACAGUAACAGUACGAGAAGGGAAUCUUAAAAUAAACCUACUUAGAACAUAACACUUUUUCUUAAAUAGCUUUUAGGGAGAAGCAAGUCUCUUAAACCAAAAAAUUAAAAGUGCAGAUGAAGCUGUAAGCAGCAGUUCUCCCAAAAGUUUAGGGGAUUAUGGGUUGAAAGACUGUUCCUACAGCAGUUAUUUGCAGUGAAUAGUCUAGAGUAGAUCCCUGCUGCAUGUGCUAGGAUAGCAGGAAUAUCCAGGAGUGUAUUACUGGACAGUGCCUGCUCCCUGCUAGCAGCAGCAAGCAUAUCCUUUGGGAGAACAGCAGUCAGGCCUCUUCAAGUUUCACAUUAACAAGGCCUCAUUAAUUGUUUGCACAUUACAACACAGAAAAAGAUUUGCAAGUUAAUCAAGCACUACCAAGAAGUGAGCAGUAAUCUGGGUAAAUUUGUUUCAUGCUUUGGUAAGUUUUGCUGUGCUCCUGUAGCUGCUACUUAGUUAGCAUCUCUAACACGAAGCUGCUUAUAUUACACCCCCCUCCAUUCUCUUUCUGGGCUGUUUAACAAAAACUUGCUGGCUGCAGUUUAAAAAAAAAAAACACGAGUGGAAUUUUUCUCUAAGCCCCAACUGUAAAGUACCAGUAUUUUGGUAUCACAGCUUACACAGCUGUGCAAGGGCCAGGCCAGCAGAGAUGCACAGGAAAGGAGUCAUCAGGCAGUUAAAACAUCAUGGAGCUGUUCCCCAAGCCUGCCUUCACAGCACCUUAUUUUCUGAGAGUCAACCUAGCUGUGCAACAGCAGCUCUCAUCCUAAGAUGCCAGUCACUGCAUGGCCACACUACCCUGAAAGCUACAGGCAGUCUACUGGAAGGGAAAAAGAAUCAGCAGUAUACUUCUACUAUUCUACUUCUAUCAGAGUUGCCUUUCCUCUUUCUAGCAGGGCAGCCGCCUCGCAUCUUGACAAAAAAGCUGACAACUUUUACCUUCCUUCCCGAGUGUGGGAGCAAAACCAAUUAAAAAACAUUUAAAUAGGAAAGAUCUAAAUGCCACGCUUUGCAGGGCUUUAACUAAAUAUGCCUACUGGGAGCUAACUUCAAUAAAUCAGAAACAUCCCAACUGUAUUUGUGGUAUUUCUCAGUGAUACACCUGAGACUCAACACCCACUGCUACCCAGCUACCAGCUCCCUAUAUAUACUACUUGUUUCAGAAUGCCUGCAUACUAACCUUGCCUUUAAGCUCCUCUUCAGACUGUUUUGGGCAUUUUUUUUUUACAUGGGCCUUUACUGCCACCAAGUGAUAGAGAAUUGCUAGUACAUUCAAACAAGCCUAAGGACUCAGCAUUACAAGCACUUCUAGUUUUUGCUGGCUCUUGUUUACAGCUCGUUUCAUUCCUGUUAAUAAAAUUUUUUUUAAAUAAA